AUGGCGUCCAGAGGUGACUCCGCGGGGUCGGUUCGUCCGCGAUCUCGUCGCUCUAUCGCCCAUGUACCUCGAUCGAGAUUGACGUCGGUUUUGGAUAAGGAAAACACCACAACGGACAUCGGUGCAGCUCAGUCUUUUGAUGGCCAGAUGGGAUUUACAGGGAAAGAGAAGAAAUCUCGGAGUAAGAGCUUGGGACCUGGUGGUUUAGAUGCUCUCCAAGACUCGAAUGGCAACCGGCGCAAGUCUACGAUGGCUACCCCCCUCAAAUCAAUCCUCAAACCGACGGUUCCAGUGUCUCCGGUUCGAAACAUUCCAUCUUUCGAGGAAACGCGCAAACGAACUCCGGCGGGUCAUAGCGCACAAAAAGACAACGCCGACAUCGAAAACAAGAGUAAUGAAAAAUCGGAUCUGUUGAUUGAUUUCGAUACUCCCGCGCAACUGACAGCAGCUGGCACCGAAGACCUAGCCAAUCCGUUUGACACCUUCAAUGCAUCAUCUGCCAUCGCCGCUGCGAGGGAACAGGAAGAGAAAGAGAGGCGGGAGCGCGAACGUAAAGUGAUUAUGGAACGUCGCGAGGCGCGCCGGAAGUCAAUGGCGAACCGCCGGGUAUCUUUCGCACCAGAAGCGACACUACACACCUGGAACGUCGUUGAGAUUCCUGAUGACUCGACUUCCUCAUCUGCUUCCAAUUCCACACGACGCGCUUCAUCCCUUGCUGAAAACCAGACCCCUGCACCUGCGCCUGUACAGAGGGAGCCACCGUCUACGCCCGACACUGAAGCCGAAUCCGACAUUGCAUUUUCUCCGGUGGAAUACCCGGACUUACAAGAGCUCAGAAAUCGUCCCACUUCAGCUUUCAAUGGAAGUUCGCAUGAUACAUACUCGAGCCCUUUCAGCGAGGGCUCCGCAGACGGUACAGAAGACAUCGGUCUACACGGGGAGUCAAGGGAAGACGAUGGUUCAUCAGAAUCUGAAUUUGAUGGGGAGAGUACUGCUAUGAGUAUGGACGACAUGUCUGUUCAUUCAAGUGCGAGUGUCCAAUCAGAUAAUUCGGGCUCGAGUACCAGUUCCAGCGCUCGUCUAAACGAAGCUUUACGGCAAGCCGCUAAAGAGGCAGGUACAAGAGGUGUCGACUUUGACGAAUAUGGCGAAAUGUCAAUGGAGAUUGCUGAUCAAGAAAUUACUGGUGCAUUCCAACCUUGGAUUAAGAAAGGUCAGAAUCUUGAAUGGGAAGACAUUAGUGCCUUGCAUGACCAAGAAAAUGUUGAUCCGUCAAGACUUUCACUGCAACAUUCAGGUGCUCAUGCGGCUGAUGAGAAUGAUGAAGAUCUCACUAUGGAAGUGACGAACGCCAUUGGCGGUAUAAUCCAGCCAAAUCGCCCCCAAAGUGUUUCCCGCCGCAGAUCGAAUGGGGAAGAGACCGACUAUGAUGAGCAAACAAUGGAGUUUACCAAUGUUGUCGGAGGUAUUGAGCAAUUUGUCUCUCCGGCAAAAUCUACCGGUGGCGGCGAAAGUAAUGCAAGCGAUGAGGAGAUGACAAUGGAAUUCACCUCCGUUAUUGGAGGAGUCCUCAACAAACCGUUCCAGGUUCAAAGUACUGGGAAAUCAAGUCUGCCCGACUGGAACACCGAGCACAAUGAUGAUGGCAGCAUGGAAGAUGAUGCGGACAUGGAGAUCACUGCUGCAGUUGGUGGCAUACUCGCUCCAACUGAAGACUAUGAUGAACAGGAAGACGAUGAUCAAACAGCAGGAAUGGAUUUUACGGCAGCUGUGGGCGGAAUUUUGCCAGCAGACGUUGAAGCUGAUGACGAAGCCCAAGAUCAAGGAGAUGCAAUUCCAGAGAUGGACCACGAACAAAUUGGAAGCUCACCCUUCCAGGAGAAUGUUCGCAUGUCUCCUUCCAAGCCACCGAUCUCUUUUCAUGUGGCUCCUGUCGCUUCGGAAAGUGGUAGCCCCAGCCUGGCAAGUGUAAGGUCUCGCUCAACUAGGCAGAGUCUGGGCCGUCGAAUGUCAAACACGCCGUCAUUACGUUCACCACAAGCUUCGCCCGUCAAGAACACGACGGCACCAGCCGAGAAUUCCACACCACAGAACAACCAGUCCUUGACUCUUAGUCAGACACCCCCCAGCAACAAGUCUGCUCGGAGUGCAUCGUCGAAGAAGCUCUUUCAGCCUGAGUUGCGUGAGAUUGCAAGUCAGCGUAAAUCCCCAGGACGAAAGAGUAUUUUUGGACAGACUGGGACGACAGGUGACUCUACUCCUCUAUUCCCACUACGUCCGCACGAGAAACGACGCUCUUCUGGUCUUGGAAUUGACAAAGAAGGCCUCGGAUCGCCCCGUGUGGCAGCUAUUCUAGAUAAAAGACGAUCAAUUGGAGAAGAUGCUCCGCGGUUUGUUCCUCAGGAACAGCCCAAAUCGGGCGUGCGUUUCGAAGAUCCAUUGAAACUUCAAGAAGAGGUUGACCUCGAGCGUGAAGAGGAAGAAAACCGAGAAGAUGGGCACAUCGCGCCGCUAGACGCUACAGCAAAUCUGAAGGAUAUGAUAUCGAGUCUCACACCGAAGAAGAAUAAGCUACGUGGUCGAAAGAGUCUACAUGUUGGGGCUGCGCGAGGUUUACUUGGCAAAAGACCCAUAGAGCUUGACCAGGACGAGGAGCAGGAUUCCGAUUAUACCCCGAAGCGGCUGAAGGGCCGCAACGUCAGUCCUGUGAAGAGUAUCAGGCUUCCAGCACCCCCAAGCAAGGACGAAACAUUUGGACACUUGACUCGUUCUCCUACUCGUAGGUUGGCGAGUGUGCCGUCUGCUGAAAUCAGCACAACUCCAAGCCAAGAGCCAAAAACAAGCUCUUUCUCAUUGAGCCCAGCCAAAGCUGAUUCGGAGUCUUUCAACUCCACGGAAUCCAUCAGUGCAGGGGACGAGCCCAUCGCAUCUCAAAACACCGAGCCAGAAGUUGAGCCCAUUCAGCUCCAGGAAUUCCUAAAUAUGACCAAUAUCCAUUUUAUGGAGCUCACUACGACCAAAAGACGGCACACCACUGCCCCUAGUAGUGCGAGCAAGAGAGCAAUUCGAUUAUCGAUCGAUUCAAAACCUGCCAGUUUUGAGGACUGUGUCGCUGCUGGUUUCUGCACCGUGCCGAUGCUUGAGUUAUAUCAACAUUCCUGUCGUGAACUGAAAUCAUAUAUCUCCGAAGGGAGACAAGUCAUCCGAUCCAUCGAAACCGAGACUUAUGCAGAAAACCCGCCAUUGUUCCGAGAAUAUGCCACGGCCCCUCCUGACAUCCGUCUUCUGAUGGACAAUCAAUUCCGCAACGUGAAGACCCACGCUAGAUUACUGAGCAAAGCCACAUGGUACGAGUGGCGCAUGAAGUUACUUGACGGUCUGAAAGAAGGCCUCGACCGGCACAUGGGUGAUAUGAAGGCGGACGAAGAACUUUUGACGAGAUAUGAAGCACUCCUCAAUGACGCAGUACCUUCACUGGCAGAGAAACAUGCUUCGCUGCAAGAAGAGGCUACAAACUUGCAGCAACUUGCCGAUGAGAUGGAGAACUGUAACCAGGAUGAACUGCUCAACGCAAGAGAGAAACUAUCCAGCUUAGAAGAUGAAAUUGAGUUGAAAAGGCAACAGUUGCAGGAGUUGCAAGCUCAGUUACAAGAUAAGACAGACGUUAUCGAGGCUGGAGCUGAGCUUAAAACCGAGUUUUUGGCGCAAAUACAGGAAGCGGAGAAAGUGAAGGAAGAAUGUCACGGUUGGAGCGCCAAGGAGAUCAGUGAGUUGAAAGAGUCAGUCCAGAAGAUUGAGCAUCAAACCGGCUGGUCUAUUUUAUCAGCCACAUCUUCGGAAGAAUUACCUGCCGGACCACAAAUAACGAUGUCUUACCGGAACCAGCUCCGGCUUGUUUUCCAUCCGGCAACAUUUUUGAUUGAAAGAGAAACUCAAGCAACGUCAGACUUGGACAAGAAGACAGUCUUUUCUCUUGAGCUGACUUUCAGUCCAAAACGUACACGCAGAACCUCAACCGAAGCACCACAGUUGACACCCAUUGCUUUGUUAGUCUUGAAGUCCUUACAGAAGCACCUCAAGACCCUGCAGCACAAGACAGCCACGCUUGCCCCGAGACAUCUCCUUCGAUUCAUAUCAAAUGCCUGGGAUCUUGUCCUCAGCUUGGAGGAAGAAGCCCGCAUGCUCGAAUUCUGCGGCGUAACCAAAUUGAAUUUGACUGAGAAAGAUGACAAGCUGUCACUGAGAGCUCGGUGCACCCUACUCGGCGCCGGCGCCCAGAAGGCACCUGCGGCGAAAUCCACACAGAACUCAAAUGUCGGGCGAAGGAGAAUCGAUGUCGACUUUGCCAUCACGACCCGUGUUGUACAGGGCGAAGACGCCGGCGCUGCGGGUGUGAUGGACUUUGAAACCGACGUCAUCGCUAGCAAGGUCUACGGAUUCGGGUCACAUAAUGACCUGGGUAUGUCCGAGGCGGAGAUGCAGAAGAUCCUGUUCAAAGGAUUGGGAGAGACGGCAGCCGGAGCUCAACUUGGGAACGGUCUUUGGAGUCAAGCGGUUCGGACACUUACGGGAACGGUUUUUUAA